UGGUUGAUGUGCACUCGCUCUAGUUUCUACGUUCUAACCCCUCCUUUCCUCUGCGUCAUCUCUCUCCAACGUCCAUUAACACUCUGCGUCGGGACUCCCCUGGGUGGCUGACUCUACAAACCUACUCAUCAUAGCUGCAAUAUUGGCUUCUAACUUUAGAAUGGGUGUUGUUGUUGAACACGUUGUUUUCACGGCUUAAACCAUUGCUUUGUAUUCAGUGACUAAACAAGCCUAGUGUGAGGAUGCGAUGACAGGCGACACGGAUAAAUACCUGGGACCCCAGGACCUGAAAGAGCUGGGAGACGACUCUCUGCCUCAGGAGGGAUACAUGGGCUUUAGCAUCGGAGCACGCAGCGCCAGUCUGCGGUCCUUCAGUUCGGAUAGGUCCAACACCCUGAACAGGACCUCUUACACCAGAGACAGCAUGAUGAUCGAAGAGAUACUGGCUCCUACCAAGGAUAUGAACCUGGUGCUGGCCAGCAGAGACUGUGACUCUGACUCUCUGAGACACUACAGCUGGACUGCUGACACCUUGGACAACAUCAACAUGGUCUCCAGCCCCAUCCACUCUGG